UUUCAGUUCCGUCAAAAAUGCAUUCAGAGGAGAAAUACUUGCACAUUCCGAACAACACGAAAUACCCUGAAAUUAUUGUAGAAGAAGAAGAAGAAGAUCCAUCAGAGGAAGAACGUUCCGAGUUGUCAGAGACAGAUGAUGUGGCAACUCCACUGCGCCCUUCAGACACAUUUCCAUUCAAACGACGGAAUUCUCCAUGUUCGAUAAAAAUGAGCGAAGAACAUCUGAAAAGACUCAGAGAAAUUGCGUGUCCAUCUCCAACUCCAACUCAAUGCAGUACAGUUUCUAAGCACGAAUUUCAGAAUUGGAGGAUUAAUGAAGAUGUCAUGAAAGAUAUGAUGCAUAUCGGUACAAUAUGUGAACGAGAAAAUGUUUGUAAAACGUCAAAAUAUGUUUAUACAGCAACAAUGGCUAGUUAUACAGUUACGGAAUGGAAGUUGAAGGAAGGAAAUACGCCAGAUGAAAUUGAAAAAAUCUCUCGUACAAUUGAAGAUCUGUGCCAACUCCGUCACAAACGAUUAGCUCCGAUGUACGGAUACCACUGGAGACUGGAAACCGAACUUAUGGUGUUCAGAGCCCAUGUACCAUCAGGGACAGUUGCUGAUUUGGUAAAGGUAUCAGCGAUUCCACAAGAAACUGCCGUGCGUUAUAUUGUUCAUGUAAUUGAUGCACUGGCAUAUCUACACGAGAGAAAACAUGUGCAUGGUAAACUUAAUGCUUCCAAUCUCCUUCUAACUAUUUCAAAUGACAUUCUACUGGCGGAUCCUUUUAUUGAAGGUCUCCCAAGUGCUCAAAAACGUCGUGCCCUUCUAGCCUCACCACCAGAAGCGUUCCGGUCAUUAGAGUCCUAUCCAUGUCUGACACCAUCAUCAGAUAUCUGGUCAGUCGGAUGUGUUCUUGUCACGAUGCUCACUCGAUAUCCUCCAUUUUUGGAGCAUUACAUGCAUUUUCACGGAGAGAGCUUGCAUAGAGAGCUGGUUUCUGAAUGGUGUACCCGUCGUCAAUUGAUAUACUCUUCCCAAACUUUAAUUCCAUCGGCAUCGAAAGAAAUUUGUGAACUUAUUGAUCAAAUAUUUAACGUCGAUCCAGAAAAUCGACCAUCUGCACAGAAUCUCUUGGAAUCUCAUGGAUCAAAAUCAAGGAAAGCCUCGUUAAGAAAUUCAUUGGCUUCACUUACCACAGCUAAAGAGCCAGAUCCUCCAAAGCCGAUAGAUGAUUUUUAUGUGGAACGGGAGGACGAUGAAGAGCAUCGAAAAAUCGAAGAGUUGAGAGAACUGGCGGAAAGGGGAAAUAAUGAGGGUGGCUUCAUUCCAUUUAUCCGCUGGUAUAUGUCCCGAAUUCUAAUAUUUUCUGUUCUCCUAGUCAAAUGGAUUGGAAUGGUGUUAUGCGCGGCAUUGAGUCUGGCGGCUGUUGCCGGUGGUGUAUUUUUUGCAAUUUUUUUGAUUUACAAUGGAAUCCAAAUUGCGUGCCAGUGCUCAUUGAAUGAAGGAUUCGUUGUUUUAAUUGCUUUGAUUCUGCUACCAAUUAUCAUUUUGCUAACUACACUUUGCUGUAAUAAUUCUCUGGACAGAUAUCACGCUGAUGUGGAAAGUGGAAAAGUGGAAAAAAGCCGAUUUGUUAUGAAAACUCCCGAAAAGGAUGUAAUUGUUGGAGGAUAUAUACUUGUGGAAGGAAGUCCAGAUCAUGAUAAACCUGCGGAAGUCCCUAGAAAGUUGGGAAUCUCCGAAGGACUCCAGUCAACAAUGGGCAAUACAUUUUUGGGUUAUGGUGUUGAUAAGAUUGCAUGAUUCAAGAUUUGAAAUAUUACAAUUAGAAUAUCCAAAUUAACAAGGUUUAAAUAAUUUAAAAACCUAAAAGUUUAAAAUUUUAUAUUCAUAUUGUAAAAUUGAAAUUAGUUACGGUAUUAAUCUUACAUUAGUACUACUACUAUUACUAUUAUUAUUUUUAUUGAAUUUUUAUAAAAUAAACCAUCUUCAAUAUACUGUAU